AUAUCCAUAACACACAUACUCGAUCAUCUAUUCAUCUUCUUCCAUCUGCAUAUCUCGGAGUUUAAACACAAAAUGCAAACACAAAAUGAAUUGGAAGAAAAACGACUUCAUUACAAAGACGAUUUACCAGCUCCAAUAAUUGACCCACUUGAACUAGGGAAAUGGUCAUUUUAUAGAGCUGUGAUAGCUGAGUUUGUUUCUACCCUUGUUUUUCUCUAUAUUACUAUCCUCACUAUAAUAGGAUACAAUGUCCAGACUGACCCUGCCAUGAACCAUGCUGUUAGUGCUUGUGGCGGUGUCGGGAUUCUAGGGAUUGCUUGGGCUUUUGGUGGCAUGAUCUUCAUACUUGUUCAUUGUACCGCCGGUAUUUCAGGUGGGCACAUAAACCCAGCAGUAACAUUCGGGAUGCUCCUAGCACGAAAACUCUCACUAUUGUGCGCCGUAUCAUAUAUGGUAGCACAAUGCUUGGGGGCCGUAUGUGGUGUAGCGUUAGUAAAGGCGUUCCAUGGUGUUUACUACGACAAGUAUGGCGGUGGAGCAAACAAAGUAUCACCUGGAUACAGUUCCGGCACCGCUUUAGCCGCCGAGAUCGUGGGUACCUUCGUUCUUGUAUACACUGUUUUCUCUGCUACUGAUCCUAAGAGAAAAGCUAGGGACUCACAUAUUCCUGUAUUAACACCACUUCCAAUUGGAAUUGCUGUAUUUAUGGUUCACCUCGCAACCAUCCCCAUUACUGGAACUAGCAUUAAUCCUGCUCGGAGUUUUGGACCUGCUGUUGUCUACAACAAGCACAAAACCUGGAGUCAUCUUUGGAUAUUUUGGGUUGGACCCUUCAUCGGAUCGGCUAUUGCAGUUUUCUACCACGAAGGUAUCCUUAGAGCAAAAAUGUUCAAGGCUUUGGGAUAAUGAAGACCUCUCAAUUAUAUAUCAAUACCCCAAAAAACUAUUGAAGUGUAUAUUUUUAAUUAUGGGUUUGUCAUUAUUUAAAUGGAAAUCCAAUGUAAAAUACACAUAUUUUUUACGAAUAAACUUAUGUGAAUGA